UAACAAAGGUAUUCUAUAUCAUUCCCACCGACAAUUCACUUAUCUGAGAUCUCAUUACCUAUUGCAAUUUCAGAUUUAAUUUCCCCAUAUAUAUCCCUUGGUUUUUUAGCGUUCCUCUCCACCGUAACAGCCCAUUAGAAUUCUUAUACAAAGGUGGUGGGCAUCCACCUCAAUAUAACUUGUAUAUUAAUUAUCCUUCUAUUUUUUAAUUUAGGAAGGUCCAUGAAAUUUAACAAUUUAGGAGUCCUGAAUGUUCAUCCUAGAGCAAAAAAUCCACAUUUUAUUAAAGAACUCCAUCAUUAUAAUGAUGUAGUCUUUUUUGUAUAUUAUCCUGUCUACACUUUUAAAGUGGCGCUUGUUGUUUAUAACGAUCAGUUUAUUUGGGACUGGGAUUCUUCACCAGGUGAAAGUUUUUGUUAUAUUAUAGUUACCUAUAGAUAUAACAACGAAAACUUAUUAUUCACCAACGUUAUUCUCUUGUCCAGUUUUGAUAAUGAUCGUCAAAAUGUACUUCGAUGUCCCGAUUUGAAUGACAAGCUUAAAGUGUCUUAUGAUCGUUUAAAGACUGGCUAUGAACGCUUUCAAGGAAUAUUAAGAGGCCAGAGCCCUAUGGACUUUAUUUCCCAACUACUAGGAAUUACUUCAGGAACAGAUGACCAAACACAAACACCAGAAGAAUCAAAUCCUGACACAGAGGUUUCAACGCCAGUUGAUCAACAUACAACCAGGGUUCCUGAAACAUUACAACCUGAAACAGAGGUUUCAGCUUCAGAGGAUCGACACUCAACACCAUCAAAUUCUGAGGAAGAGUUUUCAUCGAUUGAUGAAAAUUCAUCCGAAAUUCAAAGUGUAAUAUAUCCUUAA